AUGCUGGUGAAUCAUCCUAAGGAUGAGGAAGAGAGCAUUUUCCAUUACACUCACCUAGAUGAGUUCCCACUGACAUCCCAAGAGAUUGCUACUGCUACAGCUAAGGACCCAGUUCUAUUACAAGUGUUGCAGUAUACACGGAGAGGAUGGCCCAACUCGGUGGACAAUGAUGUUCUUGAACCAUAUUUUCAUCGCCGACAUGAGCUUUCAGUGGAGCAAGAUGUCUUAAUAUGGGGACUAAGAGACAUCAUACCAGAUUGUCUGCAGACCAAGAUGCUGACAGAACUACAUGAGGGUCACAUCGAUAUGAGUCGUAUGAAGAGCUUGGCUAGAAGUUUCUUCUGGUGGCCUAAUUUGGACAAGAACAUUGACUCGCUGGCAAGGAAUUGUCACACUUGUCUCAAUAUGUGGAGUCAGCCCACGGAAGCGCCGCUUCAUUCAUGGAAAUGGCCUUCAAGAGUUUGGGAGCGAGUUCAUGCAGAUUGUGCAGAGCUAGAUGGCCAACAUUUCUUUGUACUAGUUGAUGUUUACUCCAAAUGGAUGGAAGUCUAUCCAAUGAGAACUACAACAACUAGUGCUAUGAUUGAUGUACUACGGCACAUAUUUGCUACCCAUGGACUUCCUGCACACUUUGUAUCAGAUAAUGGACCGCAAUUCAUUUCUGCACAUCUUGCCGUGUUCUUCAAGAAGAAUGGAGUGAAUCACAUUCGAGUUCCACCUUAUCAUCCUUCUUCUAACGGAGCUGCUGAACGUUGCGUUCAAACCUGUGAAUCAUCUGUUUUAUAA